AUGAGAAUGCUGGUCGAUUCCACACCAUUAUUGUCUGGUCAUGUCCGUGCUGAGCAAAAAGCGACGGCCGUCCCGUUCCGUUACAUUCUUUCGCUGGUUGGAUUUACACGUGCUGCUCGUCACCCGGCAGGUGGGGAAAUCACAUGCAAUAGUACCACAAUAGAAGUUCCAUUACACAACCCAGAAACGCUAGUGGCAUCCAAGCUGGAGCAAACCCCAGCUUGUGAUAUCAGGCUAAAGCACGGCUAA